UUAAACCCGCUCAGAGGUUUUUUAAAGGAGGCCAUGAUAUGGAUUUUCACCCUAAAAUACGUGUUUAGCUGCCUCGCUACAUUGAAAGAUUUGCUUGUGCUUUUAAUUAGAAAAUAUGAGAGCGGAAGUAUUAAUCUAUGCCAACCGUUAACUUAUCAGCUAGCUAACAUUAACCAAGAUGGAGCAUAUUCCUCCACCAGAUAGUGGGAAAAAACGUGUUAAACUGUUAAUUUAAGGCAGCUGUGUUAGUCGUAAGAUAAUUACGUUUACGUUUGGUUCAAUGUUAGAUGAAAUUAACGUUAGAUAGAUAACAAUUUAACGUUAGAUAGCGAGCUAACGGCUUACAGUUUGUGUUGUCGUUGCUAGGAACACCAGACGUUACCAAGUGAUAAACACUAGUGAUAAACGAGGCUUAGCUUGAGCUGUCGGUGCCUCUUCAAUAAACACUCGUCGACAUGAUCCUCUCCCGUGUGAAGCCAGCCGUGGGAGGAGAGACACCGGUGAGCAUCAGUGAGAAGAAGAAGAAAAACAAGACAAAGGUUCCCUCUUUGGAGGAAUACCUGCAACAGAGAGACUACCUGGGGGCUUUUACACUGUUGGAGUUUCAGAGAAGUAUUGGCGAGAAAGAGGAGCAUGUGGACCUUUGGAUUGGCUACUGCGCCUUUCACUUGGGUGAUUACAAGAGAUCUAUGGAGGAGUACAAGUCUCUGACCAUGAAGCCUGACUGUCCUGCGGAGGUGUGGGUGUUACUGGCCUGUGUACUGUUUUUUCUGGGGCUCUAUAAAGACGCUGAGGAGGCUGCAUCUAAGGGGCCAAUAUCCCCCCUCCAAAACCGACUACUCUUCCACUUGGCUCACAAGUUCAACGAUGAGAAGAGGCUGAUGGGUUUCCACCAGAACCUGGAGGAUGUGACAGAGGACCAGCUGAGCCUGGCAUCCAUCCACUACAUGCGCUCCCACUACCAGGAGGCCAUAGACAUCUAUAAACGCCUUCUACUACAGAACAAAGAUUUCCUCGCCUUGAAAGUUUACGUGGCUCUGUGCUACUACAAGCUGGACUACUAUGAUGUGUCCCAGGAGGUGUUGGCCGUGUACCUGCAGAGCAUGCCGGACUCCACUAUUGCCCUCAACCUCAAGGCCUGCAACCACUUCAGACUCUACAAUGGCAAGGCUGCUGAGGCUGAGUUGAAGAACCUAAUCGACAUCUCCUCCUGCUCCUUUGAGUUUGCUAAGGAGCUUAUCCGACACAACCUGGUGGUGUUUCGUGGUGGGGAGGGGGCGUUGCAGGUGCUGCCUCCCUUGAUCGAUGUGAUCCCCGAGGCCAGACUCAACUUGGUCAUCUACUAUCUCAGACAAGAUGACGUCCAGGAAGCCUACAACCUCAUCCAAGAUCUGGUGCCCACGACGCCUCAGGAGUAUAUUUUGAAAGGAGUGGUAAAUGCAGCGUUGGGACAAGAAAUUGGAUCAAGGGAUCACCUGAAAAUUGCUCAACAGUUCUUUCAGUUGGUCGGAGGCUCGGCCAGCGAAUGCGACACUAUUCCUGGCAGACAGUGCAUGGCCUCCUGCUUCUUCCUCUUGAAACAGUUUGAAGAUGUUCUCAUAUAUCUAAACUCCGUCAAGGGUUACUUCUAUAAUGAUGAUACAUUCAACUUCAACUAUGCUCAGGCUAAAGCAGCCCUUGGCAACUACAAAGAAGCAGAAGAGAUUUUUCUGCUGAUUCAGAGUGAAAAGAUCAAGAAUGACUAUGUUUACCUCAGCUGGCUGGCACGAUGCUACAUAAUGAACCAGAGGGGCCGGCUUGCCUGGGAGCUCUAUCUGAAGAUGGGCACUUCCUCCGAUUCCUUCAGUCUGCUGCAGCUCAUUGCCAACGACUGCUACAAGAUGGGCCAGUUCUACUAUGCAGCCAAAGCGUUUGAUGCACUGGAGAAACUGGACCCAGGUUCCAGCUACUGGGAGGGCAAGAGAGGGGCAUGUGUCGGCGUCUUCCAGCUCAUACUGGCAAACAAGGAGUCCAAGGAGACACUUAAAGAGGUGUUGUCUCUGCUGCGAAAUCCAGGAAACCCCCAGGUUGAAUUCAUCAUCCGAGCUCUGAAGAAGUGGGCCAAAGACAACAGAGUCCUCCUCUCAUGACGGCUCUGGGCACUGAACUCUAGCUCACUACCUUCAUUAUGCAGACAUCAGCAGUCAUUUAGUGCAUUUGGUCAUUUCAGUUGAUUACAAUGAUAUCUAUGCCCCAUGAAUAAAUAUGGAACUAUUAUCUCUGCCACUCUGUUGUUAAAAUAUGUAAGUUUUAAAUUGCAAUUCUCUAUGUACUCGUAUAUUUGUAUUAAAAUGUGACUUUGUAUUUUUUAAAUGACUUUUAUCAGU